GCACACAGCUCCUGAUUGGGGCGGCAACACACAACAUGGUGCUUGUAGUGCCGGAAAGACGCGAAGAAGAAGAUUAGGCGAAUCGCGCACACUCCAGAAAACAAGUUGCGUGAAGGCGGAAGAGACAUGUCACGAUGAGGUGGAAGGUUUCACUCAAACUUUGAUACGAAGCCUCUUGCGUACACUGAGAGUUUGCGAGCUUCUUGCUGCACAACAGCCAUCUUGGCUUGGUUGACCAACACUGGUUUUCACUUCCAAAAAAAAGUCACGUGACGGAACACAAGUAAUAGAAUGGUACCCUUGUCUUUGCUCUUGAGGGGCACAUGACCUUGUAUAGAUGGUCCAUUAAUUCACUUGAUGGUCAACCAGCGUGAGAGUAUCAUCAAAACAAGACAAGAUCAUUUUAAGGCUUCAUCAUAGAUCGUACCAAUGCAGGGAACAUGAAGCUUCGAAAACGCUGGCUGUCACACAGAUGUGUGUGUUUAGCUGUGGGAUUUUUAGGUCUGCUACGUCUGGUCUCUCGGCCUGCGAAAGAAACACUCAAACCGCUGGACUUUCAUGUCAGCCCUGAGUAUAGAAAGCUGGUGCAUCAGCAUGCGCAUGAAGUUCUGGAGCGUAAAUGUCACCCUGGAAGCACCAGAAAGAGUUUUUUGGGUCAACUCCCAGCUUCCAGUCGCACGACUCAACCUUUCCUGUGGAAGGACAUGCCAACUCACAAAGACCUCUUCCUGUAUCCUCCUCCCUUUGGGUUCAGAGGUCUUCAGGGAAAAGUAUCUGCUUUGCUUCAGCAGCUACCAGACUCCAAACAGGUACCGCCACUAAAAAAGACCCCUGAAGAAUGCCGGCGCUGUGUUGUCAUAGGAAAUGGAGGUAUUUUAAAAGGCCUGGAGCUGGGUACUCUCAUUGAUCGCUUUGACACAAUCAUACGGUUAAACAGCGGCCCUCUUGGAAAGUUCAGUGUUGACGUUGGGAAUCGAACAAGCAUCAGAAUGAGUUAUCCAGAGAGUACGCCGCCUCACUGGCUUGACACUGACCCAGAAACUCUGUUUGUAGCUGUGGUAUAUAAGGGUGUUGAUAUCAGCUGGAUCUCUGCGAUGAUCAACAAGCUCCCUGUGCCUUUCUUGGAUUGGCUGUUUUUCUGGCAGAAUGUUCCUGAUGAAAUCCCCCUCGAACGCAACAGGAUCAGACUCUUAAAUCCACUUGUCAUCAAAGAGACUGCGUUGGAUCUACUACAUUUUUCUCCCCCUACAACACGUCUAUGGGGCUGGGACCAGAAUGUACCCACCCUGGGUGUCUCCGCGCUGGAUUUGGCUAGUUUGCUGUGUGACGAGGUAAGCUUGGCAGGCUUUGGCUACAACCUGGCCCAACAGGAGGCGCCACUGCACUACUAUGACCAAAUGUCCAUGAGUGCCAUGCUGUGGCAGAAGAUGCACAAUGUUAGUCGGGAGACCCAAAUCCUCAAAAGCCUCAUCACAGAGGGAAUCAUCACUGACCUGACGGGAGGUAUUCACUGCUCCUUCUGCCCCCAAUAAGAUAGCCAUGUACACUUUCUCAUCACUGGGUUUUCAAAGGACAAAGUAUGACAAUGCAUUUUGGGAAUGUUCCAACAAGGUAAAGCUUUUACUGAAAUAUUUUGUGCUUUUUAUAAACAUAUGACCAAUAUUAAAGUCACCAAUUUUAUUUUUGGUAACAAAACACUAUGUAUAUGUAUGUAUACAGUUGCAAGAAAAAGUAUGUGAACCCUUUGGGAUUACUGGGAUUUCUGCAUGAAUUGGUGAUAAAAUGUCUUCUGCUCUUCAUCAAAGUCACAAGAGACAGUCGUUUUCCACCCUGCACUGUGAAUGUUUACAUGUUGUGUUCAAUAAAAAGAUGAAAACCUAUAUUUUUUUGUGCGGUAUUAGUUUAAGCAGACUGUCUAUUGUUGUGGCUUCGUUGAAGAUCAUAACACGUUUUAUGACCAAUUUAUGCAGAACUCCAAGUAAUCCCAAAGGGUUCACAUACUUUUUCUUGCAACUAUAUAUGUUGUAUUUAUACACAUGAAUACAUUCCUUCACUAAAUAUUAUCUUGGCUCCCUGUAGUCCAUUAGCAAUCAGAGCGAAAGACUCAUUUUUAUUUUUUAGAAAUAAUGAAUUAUGCAUGUAAGCGAAGACUGUUUUAUUUGUAAGAAAUAGUAGUUGAUUGCUCAGAAACUUAUAUUUACAAGAGUAACAAAACAGAACAAUAAGAUUUUUGUAUGAUAUUUCAAAGUUAGACACAUUCUUAAGUUAAGAGCAUUGCUGUUUUUAAUACUCCUCAAAUGUUUGAAACAAUCCACAAAUUUACUUGUUAACAAGAAUACUUUAUCAAUGAGAGGAACAUAACUGUUUUUUUUUUAAAUAUAACGUUUUUUGUGAUUUUACAAAAAAUCAAACAGGAGUGAGACCAUCCUUUGGUCAAAUUCCUAUUUAAGAAAUGUAUGCUCUGACAUGCACUGAUGACGAUGUGUUGAAAAAGCCUUAAGUACAAAUUGCACAUGUUUUUACACUGGAGGUUCUUGUCUAUGGAUGUUCUCAUUCAUCACUGGUGGUUGUUCUUGACCUAAAUAAAUAAAUGAAUCCAUGCAAGAUGGGAAUGAACUUGG